ACCGAGGGACGGAGGCGGGCACGGACGGAGCUGCCCACCGGGGCUGCUUCCAGCCCUGCCGCCGCCGCUCCGCCGAGGAGCCGCAGCCCCGGCCCGGGGAAGGGGGGGCGGUUCCCACGGGACGUUUAGAUUUAUUUUUUGGGGCCCCCCCUCAUUUUUCCCUUUUUUUUUUAUUUUUUUUUUUUUUUAAAUUUGAUUUUCAUUCGUGGAUAACGAUCGAGAGGAGCCGGGGGGGGUGCGGGGAGCCCGGUCCCGGCGGGGAGGAGGCGAUGCAGACGCCGCUGGAUCAGCGCGCAAGGGGCCAGCACGGAGCGCAGCGCCGUCCGCAUCCAACUCCCCUGCAGCACAGGAUGAAACCGCUGGCAUCCUACCUGGGCCUGUGGCUCCUCUUCCAGCUCCCUGCUCUGGUCUCUGGGACACGUGUGGUCUACAAAGUGCAGGAGGAACAACCCCCCAACACCCUCAUAGGGAGCCUAGCCUCUGACUAUGGCUUCCCGGACGUGGGGCACCUCUACAAGCUGGAAGUGGGGGCUCCAUACUUACGUGUGGAUGGCAAGACUGGGGACAUCUACACAACAGAGACCUCCAUCGACCGGGAGAGCUUGCGUGAGUGCCAGCACCUCCUGCCCGGAGACCCCUGCUUCCUGGAGUUCGAAGUGUCCAUCACUGACCUGAUCCUGAACAGCAGCCCACGCCUGCUCGAGGGGCAGAUAGAGGUGCUCGAUAUCAAUGACAACACCCCCAACUUUGCCUCGCCCGUCCUCACCCUCUCCAUCCCUGAAAACACCAACAUCGGGACUCUCUUCCCCAUCCCCCUGGCCAUGGACCGGGACUCGGGCCCCAACGGUGUUGCCUCCUAUGAGCUGACGGCUGGUCCGGAGGCGCAGGAGCUCUUUGGGCUGCAGGUAGCAGAGGAUCAGGAUGAGAAGCAGCCACAGCUGAUCGUCAUGGGGAAUCUGGACCGGGAGCAGUGGGACUCCUAUGAUCUGACCAUCAAGGUGCAGGAUGGAGGCAACCCACCAAGGGCGAGCAGCGCCCUGCUGCGCAUCACCAUCCUGGACAUGAACGACAACGCGCCCAAGUUCGAGAAGGCCCUGUAUGAGGCAGAGCUCUCCGAAAACAGCCCUGUGGGGCACUCGGUCCUGCAGGUGAAAGCCAACGACUCGGACCAGGGCGCCAAUGCCGAGAUUGACUACUCCUUCCACCAAGCCUCAGACAUGGUGCGGCGGCUGCUGCGCCUGGACCGCGCCACGGGGCUCAUCACCGUGCAGGGGCCCAUCGACCGAGAGGACGUCAACAUCCUCAAGUUCUCCGUCAUGGCCAAGGACAAGGGGGCCAACCCCAAGAGCGCCCGCACCCAGGUGGUGGUCACCAUCAAGGACAUGAAUGACAACGCACCCUCCAUAGAGAUUCGGGGUAUAGGGCUUGUCACCCACCAGGAUGGCAUGGCCAACAUCUCGGAGGACGUGCCAGUAGAGACAGCAGUGGCUCUGGUACAAGUGUCCGACCGAGAUGAGGGUGAAAACGCUGUGGUGACCUGCGUAGUGGCGGGUGAUGUCCCGUUCCAGCUGCGGCAGGCUAGUGAAACAGGGAGUGACAGCAAGAAGAAAUACUUCCUGCAGACCACCACGCCUCUGGACUAUGAGUCAGUGAAGGAGUACACCAUUGAGAUCGUGGCGGUGGACUCAGGGAACCCGCCUCUCUCCAGCACCAACUCUUUGAAGGUGCAGGUGAUGGAUGUCAAUGACAAUGCGCCCGUCUUCAGCCAGAGCUUCACUGAGGUGGCAUUCCCCGAGAACAAUGAGCCCGAUGACCUGGUGAUGGAGGUGAGUGCCAGCGAUGCUGACAGUGGCUCCAAUGCCAAGCUAGUGUACUCCUUGGUUACGGAUCCCUCCUCCAAGGGAUCCUUUGCCAUUGACCCUGACUCUGGGGAGAUCCGGGUGAAGGCGGUGCUGGACCGAGAGCAGCGGGAGCGUUAUGAGUUCUUGGUGGUGGCAGCAGACAAGGGCAGCCCCAGCCUCAAGGGCACAGCAUCUGUGGCCGUCAACGUCAUGGACAGGAACGACAACGACCCCAAGUUCAUGCUGAGUGGCUACAACUUCUCAGUGAUGGAGAACAUGCCACCCCUCAGCCCUGUGGGCAUGGUGACGGUGAUUGAUGCUGACAAAGGAGAAAAUGCCCGCAUCCAGCUGUCAGUGGAGCAAGACAACGGGGAUUUUGUCAUCCAGAAUGGCACUGGCACCAUUCUCUCCAGCAUCUCUUUUGACCGGGAGCAGCAGAGCACAUACACUUUCCGACUCAAGGCGGUAGACGGUGGGGAUCCUCCCAGGUCUGCCUACGUGGGGGUGACCAUCAACGUCUUGGAUGAGAAUGAUAAUGCCCCCUUCAUCACUUCACCCUCCAAUGCCACCUACAAACACAUCCUGCCCCACACCAGCCCUGGCCAGCAGGUGAGCAAGGUGAAGGCAGAGGACAUUGACUCUGGUGUCAAUGCAGAGCUGAUCUACAGCAUCACAGGAGGCAACCCCUUCGAGCUCUUCCAGAUCUCCCCGCACAGUGGGGACAUCACCCUGGAGAAGGAGAUCCUGCGCAAGCACCAUGGCCUGCACCGCUUGGUGGUGCGCGUCAACGACAAGGGCAAGCCCUCGCGGCACGGCACGGCGCUGGUGCACUUCUACGUCAACGAGACGCUGGCCAACCGCACGCUGCUGGACACGCUGGUGGGGCACAGCCUGGACACCCCGCUCGACAUAGACAUUGCUGGAGACCCCGAAUAUGAGCGCAGCAAACAGCGAAGCAACAUCCUCUUCGGAGUCAUCGCCGGCAUCGUGGCCGUCACCCUGGUCAUCGUGCUGGUCGUCCUGGUGCGCUACUGCCGGCAGCGGGAGGCCAAGAGCGGCUACCAAGCAGGCAAGAAGGAGACCAAGGACCUAUAUGCACCCAAGCAGGCCAGCAAGAGUGGUAAGAGCAAGAACAAGGUGAAGAAGAGCAAGUCUCCAAAGCCACCCAAGCCCACAGAGGAUGAGGAGGAGACGGGGCUGCAGAAAUCACUCAAGUUCAACCUCAUGAACGACUCUGUCAGCGACAGCCCCCGAAUCCACCUGCCCCUCAACUACCCUCCGGGCAGCCCGGACCUGGGUCGCCACUACCGCUCCAACUCGCCGCUGCCCUCCAUCCAACUGCAGCCUCAGUCGCCCUCUGCCUCCAAGAAGCACCAAGUGGUGCAGGACCUGCCGGCCACCAACACCUUUGUUGGCACCGGGGACAACAACUCGACGGGCUCCGAGCAGUACUCGGACUACAGCUACCGCACCAACCCCCAGAAAUACACCAACAAGCAGUUACCUCAUCGCCGAGUGACGUUCUCUGCAGCCAGCCAGGCUCAGGACCUGCAGGAUCCCUCCCAGCACAGCUACUACGACAGCGGGCUGGAGGAGUCAGAGACCCCGAGCAGCAAAUCAUCGUCAGGGCCCCGCAUUGGGCCACUGGCCCUGCCUGAGGACCACUACGAGCGCACCACACCCGAUGGCAGCAUCGGGGAGAUGGAGCACCCCGAGAACGCUCUCAUCCAUCCUGAUUUGAAGUCGCCUCCAAGUCCCCUGAGCGGAGCAGGCUGUGAAGGGGGUCUGCGCUGAGAUCUCCGGCCUCUGCCCGAUGUAGCCAUGACUGGGACCUGUACCCGGGAGUGCACAGAGUUCGGCCACUCCGAUACCUGCUGGAUGCCCGGCCAGUCCUCCCCCAGCCGCAGGCCCAAGAACGCCCUCAAACUCUCCACUUUUGUGCCUUACCAAGACAGAGGGAGUCAAGAGCAAGUCGGGAAUGGCAGCCCCAGACUCUCAGAAGAGCGCAGCACCAAAAUGGCCAACCUCCGCCUGCUCCCCACGUACAGUGCCUUCUCCAAUAGUAGCCAUGAGCCCUGCAAGGACUCUCCCAUGGAGGAAAUUCCUCUCACCCAGACCUCGGACUUCCAGCCAGCCACCACCCCCUCAUCCCAGACCACCAAGAGGGAGAUCUACCUGUGAGGCUGGGCGUGAGGGGCAGGGAGCAGACGCGCUUCUGAGGCCAGUGUCCCAAGGAACAUUUUAACCUUCAAUGCUUUAUCGCUCCGGUUCUCCAGGCAGUGGGCUCUGUGGACAGCAGGGCAGGGCGAGGCAGGGAUGAGAGGAGCACCUUUUUAACCCGUCCUUUCCCGGGGCCAGGGGUGGGUGGGAAGGAUGGAAGCAUCCAAAAGCCCAUUUCAAAGCACUUGUGGGUGCGUGUCUCCGAACUGCUGCGUCGCCGGGGAGGGCUGGGCAGGCUCCUGGUGCGGAGGGCAUGGCUGGGGAGAAGGGCUUAUGUACCAAAGGUCCACGCAGAGCUGGUGAGUUCCUGGGGCAUAGGAUGAGGGGUGUCCCCAUGCACGGGGAGCGAGCUGCCUGUCUCUUUGCUGUAGACUCCUGUAAAUACGAAGCUUAGGAAUGACAUUCAAGUCCUGCCUGAUCGAAACUUUUUAUUGUCCUUGAAACAAAAAGACGUUUAAACAAAAACAAAAAAAAAUACAGAAAAAAAAUACAGAAAAAAAAAAAGGAAAAAAAAAAAAAAAGGAAAGAAAAAGAAACCAGAAACAAACAGGGAGCAAGUUCCAGCUUUGAAUGGUUUGCUGCGUGGAAGAGCCCGCGGGAGCGCAGCAUCCGGCCCACACUCAUGUUCUAUAUUGUAAAUAGAGAUGUGACCAGUCCCUGAGGCAGCAGCUGGGGAGCUGGAGGAGAGGGGCAGCGUCCUAGCCGGACUGUAGGGACUUUGCUGUUUCUCAGCCUGGACCUCUUUCUGAACGUUGUCACUGUGCCCACAAGCUGCAGGGUCCCUAGGGACUGCCCGGUGCCAUAGGUGGGGUCUGCUUUGGGGGGGGUUCCCUGGUGGUGGCCCUGCGCCCGGCGGGUGGAGAAGGGUUGGGGAAGCCCCCAGUGAAGGGACCGGCUGGGUCCGGAGAAGCCCUCAGUCUCCACUCUGCUGGCAGGGAGGUCGUCAUCGGCUGCGGUGUCUCAGCCCAUCACCUUGUGCCUCCUCCGGGGCAGGGGAUGCCCGUGAGGCCAGCUGUGCCAUGCCUUUGACCUCCAUCCCAUCCGCCUGUAAGCCACCAUUGCCUUUGUGAGGAGGAGCUUUGUCUCAGGGUCACACCAGGGGCCGCCGAGCCCCUGCCUGCUGGACUCCUGCUGCCCUUAGGCCACAGGGCCACUCUCACGGGGUCCAGCUUUCUCUUCCAUUGUCAAAGGUCCACUGGUCUCCCUGGCAGGUCCCCACUGCCCCGGCAUCCUCGGCUCCCUUGCAGGGCACCCAACCGGGGCAAUGGAGAGGACCCCCUUCUCCCCUCAAGGGACUACCCAGAGGGGGAUGCCUGGGCACUUUCCUGAGCCUCUCUGCUCCCUUGGGAGCUGGGGCACAGCCCUGUUUUGGGGGGGCUCCAUGUGCAGGAGGGGUCCGGGGGACUCGCACCUCAUUCCUGGGUAGCCCGUCCCGAUCCUUCCCUGCCAGGAUGCGGGGAGGGGCUGUGCUGCACCGUUGUUCUUCCCGUAUUCACAUUGAUCGUCUUCAUCUCUGGCAUCUUCCUUAGGGAGCGAGGCCAGUGGUAACUGCAGGACGGUUGCCCCCGUGGCUCAUCUCCGGUCCAUGCGGUCCAUCACCGCGGGGCUAGAGGGUGGCUCUGCUGGGCUCGACCAGCACAGGGACACUGCAGGGACCUGGCACCCGGCUGCUGCGGGUCAGAGACUGCCCUGCCAUAGCUUAGUGCCUGUCGGGGUGCAGCGCGCCAGGGGCUCCCUCUUCCCAGCCUCCUCCCCUCCAGCAUCCCUGUCUCUGAGCAGCUCCUCUCCCUCUGCUUGGGCGGCGGUGGCAAGACACGGGCAGCUCCCCGGUGUGGCUCUGGUUGGCCUGAGGGGACACAGUGCAAGCCGGGUGACAUGAGAAGGGUGGCAGAAGGUGCCUGCUCGCACCCGCUCCCCUGUGCCCCAGCCCUGCUCCUUGCCAUCCCGGGCAGCACCGCAUCGCCUGCAGCCCUGGCACCUCGGGGUGUCACCCGGAGGGGGCAGGACCCUCCUCCCGGCCUCCUGCUGCUGCUCCCUCGAGGCGGGCGCGAUGCUCCGGUGAUGUCCGGCCGGGCAUCCCUGCUCUACCCUUGCCCAUGGUGGCCGCCCGACAGGGUCCGUGUUCCCCUGGUCUGGCUGCCUGAGCAGGUCACGCUCCUGAACUUGUUUUUAUUGUAGCUCUGUAGUUUCAGGGCCAAACUGGGCAGAAUGUGCAAUUUGGCCGCGCUGGCCAGGAUCUUUGACUCCACUGCCAGCUCGACUGCUCACGCCUCCCCUUGGCUCAGGCAGCAGCAGUGUCCAGUGUCCCUCUUGGGGACCCCUUGAGAGAGCAAGACCAGCUUUCACCCCAGCCCCUCGCCUGUGGGUGGGCUCCCUACCUUCUGCUCGGGGUCACAGAGGGACCCUGAAGCUCGAAGCCCCAUGGCUGGAGUUGCUGUCUUGUCUCCUGGAGCGCCUGGCGAUGUUCUCAGUGCAAGGGGGGGUGAGUGCAGAGAGGGGUCCCCGAGGGGCAGGAGGGGUGGGUGCUGGGGGUCUGUGCCAUGGGGAGGGUGGGAAGGGGGGAUGCACAGCAGGAUGGUGGGGUUGGGUCUUUGGAGGGGAGCACAGUGAGGAGAGGGCAAUGGGUAUCAGCAGGGUGGUGGGUAUCUGAGGGAUGGAGAGGGGAUGGGUGUCUAUGGGGAGCAUGGGGGGCUGAGGGUGGGUCUGUGGGGAGAAACAGAGGGGGCACUGGGAGUGGGUCCUGAUUGGGGUGCCAAGGGCUUGAGAGGCUCUGCGGGGUGCAGCAGGGAUGGGUCCCUGGGGAGAUGGAGGUGCUGGGAGAGGGGGUGCUGGGUGUUUGUCCUGGGGUGAAGUUGUCAGUGUCACUGGGGGAGGGCAAAGAAGAGGUGCUGUGGGAAAGAAGCUCAUUUGCACAAUUAUAAGCCAGAAGGAUAAAGCCUCUGUGCACGUGGGGGGAUGACGCUCCCCACGGGCUCCAGUCUAGACAAGCACAGGGAAGAGGAGGGGGGUUGACGCCUCUGCAGAGGGGUUCACUGUAUCUCACACUGCACUAGGACAAGCCAGGGGUAAAACCAAAGGUGGGAGCCAGGGAGCAGGCGGGCUGCGUGGGAAGGAUCUAAGCGACCCCUUUGUAGCUCUUCAGUGUUGGUUCUAUUUAUACGAGAUUUCAUUUCCUUGCUUGUGAUGCCUUGUUUUUUGUACAGUUUUAUGUACAUGCAGGUGUAGCUUUUCUAAAGGAGAAAUCCUAUGGCAGAGUAAAGUACCCAACUAUUUUUCAGAUGGUGACCUAUGUCUAAGGCAAUGCCUCUUGCUAAGGUUGUAUUGCUCUCAAUGUGUGAUGCAUUUCCCUGUGCGGGGAAGGCUUUGGGCCUUGGGCUUAGUUUUCCCCGGGCGCUGUGAGCACAAUUGAUUCCCUUGUAAUUCUUUCUGUUCAGAGCAGUGAGCAUGACACCGUCGUGAUCCCCUUUCCGUUCUCUCCUGUUCUGUUUGUUUGCUGAGCUGUCAGAUGACCAACUCCAUUGUAAUUAGCCCUUCCUAAAGCUUUACAAUAAAAGUGUUGAAAACCCGG